AGAUGUCCCUGUACACGUUCAGUCCCAAAAUGGAAAUCCGUGACCUCAUCUUCAACGGGACGGGGAGUAACAAGGACAACUGGUUCUCCAAGAGCCGCCUCAUCUCCUCGCCUUGGACGGACCUGAAGACAGAGCAAACCAACUACUUUUCCAUCGCAGGGAGCGCACAUCCACAUAGCUCGAGGCGCUACUAUAGGCGAUUCUUCAUCAACCGGAACUACGGAGGCUGUCCAGCUGACCGUGGUUGGCUGGUCGUCCUUGAUGGAUACUCGAACUAUUGUCUGUGGGAGAGGAGGAACAGCGGCAACCCGCGGAUCCUGUUUUCCAAGCUGCCUACCAACGUCAAUUUCGAGCGAGAUCGGGCAAACGUCGGUAUAGCUGACGUCAUGGCCAUCUUCAUCAAGACCUGUGACGACUAG